GCGAAAUGCCGAAGAUCUCACCUCAAAAUAAACUAUCUUCAAAAAACUUCUUAUCAUCUCACACACCAACAACGCUGUCUCUCUCUGUUCUUCUCCCUCCCACACUCUUUCUCUGUGCCUCUCUCCAGAACCAGAAGAAGAAGCUCUGGGGAAACCGCAAGAAGAAAAAGAAAAAAAACCCACUUAUCUAACCAAAACCCACUAAACCAUUAUGCCAUGCUUCACACCACACCCUUCACUUCUCUUCCUUCUCACCCUUCUCCUACCUUUAUCGUUCUUCUCUCUCUCCGCCGCCGUUGAAACCUCUGAUUUCCAUUCCUUGCGUUAUCAAGAUGGAGUUGAGGGUGGUGGUUGGGGAGAGUUCCCGAAGGUGCUACCGUGGAAAACGAGGAGAUCGAUGGCUGAAGAUGCUCCGAGCAACACGUCUCUGAUAUUGGCUCAGAGAAGAACUACGAGGAAGGACCCUUUGGACAACUUUAACCGUUACACCGGUGGUUGGAAUAUCAGCAAUCGCCACUACAUUGCUUCAGUUAUUUUCACUGCGGUUCCCUUCUUUGUUGUUGCUGCGGUCUGGUUUGUGAUUUUUGGACUUAGUUUAUCCAUAAUCUGUUUGUGCUACUGCUGUUGUCCAAGAGAGCCUUACGGUUAUUCACGUCUGGCCUAUGCUUUAUCCUUGAUCUUCCUCAUCCUCUUCACCGUUGCAGCAAUAGUUGGAUGUGUCCUUCUUUACACCUCUCAGGGGAAGUUUCACGGGAGCACCAUAAACACUCUGGAAUAUGUGGUGAGUCAGGCAGACUUUACCGCUGAAAACCUCAGGAAUGUGUCAGAUUAUCUUGAUGCAGCUAAGAAGAUUGGAGUUGAUGCCGUUUUUUUGCCUGCUGAUGUUCAGAAGGAGAUUGACGAUAUUAAGACUAAGAUUAAUUCUUCUGCUGUAGAACUUUCCAGCAAGACUAAAGAUAAUUCAGAGACAAUUAGAGAUGUCAUAGAUGCAAUGAGACUGGCUCUGGUUAUUCUUGCUGCUGUUAUGCUCUUUCUUGCAUUUGUUGGAUUCUUAUUAUCAAUAUUUGGUCUGCAAGGUCUUGUGUACUUCUUGAUCCUCAUUGGUUGGAUUCUUGUUGCUGGCACAUUUAUACUUUGUGGUAUAUUUCUCUUUCUUCACAAUGUGGUUGAAGAUACAUGUGUUGCCAUGGAUGAGUGGGUGCAGAACCCCACUGCACAGACAGCCUUGGAUGAAAUUCUUCCGUGUGUAGAUAAUGCGACUGCCCAGGAAACCUUGACACGGACCAGGGAAGUGACUCAUCAGCUUGUUAAAUUAGUUGACAACGUAGUUUCCAAUGUCACGAACAGGAAUUUCCCACCUGCUGCUGGACCCUUGUAUUACAAUCAAUCAGGCCCCUUGAUGCCUCCUCUUUGUAAUCCAUUUAAUGCUGACCUCACUAAUCGGUCGUGUGCACCCGGGGAAGUUCCGUUGGACAAUGCUGCGGAGGUGUGGAAGAACUAUACCUGUGAGGUUUCUUCGUCAGGCAUUUGUCAGACGCCCGGUCGGAUGACGCCGACGAUUUACGGGCAAAUGGAAGCUGCAGUGAAUAUAAGCUACGGGUUGUAUCACUAUGGUCCAUUUUUGGUUGAUCUGCAAGACUGCACUUUUGUGCGGAAAACAUUCACAGACAUCAGCAACGAUCACUGUCCUGGCCUACAGACAAAUAGUGAAUUGAUUUAUAUUGGAUUGGUUUUGGUAUCUGCUGCCGUAAUGCUGUCUUUGAUCUUCUGGGUCAUCUAUGCAAGGGAGCGGCGGCACCGUGUUUAUACAAAACAGUUCAUUGACGGCUAAAUGUGUUGGACUUCACAUUAGGAACAUCAUCGUUUUUGUGUACAUUUGAGUUAUAGAUGUUUGCAUUUCCAGUUGAGUCUCUUUUUUCAUGUUAUGUAUGUAGAGUUCUUGAACUCACAAUUUACGUAUACUUUAGUAGAAGAGAUGUGUGAAAGUAGUAACUGUGUGUUUUGCUAUCAAUUCUUUUAUUUCAAAAUAAACCAUGUCAAUAUUUUUUUA